AUGAAAGCCGGCGACCCUACGAACACGCCUCGCUACGAUGCCCACCGAGGCUUUAUGAUGAGCCUUUGGAUGGUCCCCUUCAUCUUGGGUGGAGUCUAUGCGGCUGCUUUACUUGGUCACUUCCUCGCGGAUCUAGGUUACCACAGCUUUCAAGAUGCUAAAGACGCAAUUCGACAGUUCAAGCACUUGGCGUCGCGCGGUGCUGGUCGCGGAGCCGCCGAAGGUGGUGUGGCCGGGGAAUCCGGCACUCGUUUCGGAGAGGACACAACUGGAACUGGAUCUGCCAGCCAACCUGGUUAUCACGCAGUUCCAACCUCUGUCACCUCUGGCUCUGCCGCCACUCUCCCGGAAGAGACCGGGGACACUGAGGGCGAAGAGCCUCGUUAUAUGAAUCUGCGCAAGCGCUUCGAGCGUGCAGCCAAGGCGGCCCGUACCACCUUUCUGCUCUCUCUCAUCAUCGCCACCGUCGGCUCCAUUCCCAUCGAAUACGCCUGCACCACCAGUCGCGAUGCUCUUCCCGGCAUGCCUCCUAUCCGCGAGUGCCACACCUGUCUCACGAACGCCGCGAGCCUUCCCAUGGUCAUCCUCUCGUGGGUGUUCCUCGCCAUGUCUGCUAUGUGGGUUCUUCUCGAUCUCAGUCUCAGCCAUGUUUCCAGCCUCGAAGGUGUCAGUGUUUUGAUGGAUCUGCUGGCCGAGCCUUUGGUCCUUGCAGCUUUGAUCAUCGCGCUCAGGCGUUGGAGCGCUUUGAGAAGCCGUUCUUGCUGA